CAUGGCUAUUUAGUGAAUUAUUUCGAUUUCAGCAUCGUUUUAGUUGUCCCCUCUCGCCUUCCGUAGUCCCAGAACACACGGAAGCAAGACAUCAUGGCGGCCGGAUUCAAGACUGCUGAGCCUCUGGAGUACCACAGGAGCUUUCUGAAAGAAAAUUGUCGCCCUGAUGGACGCGAGCUGUCAGAAUUCAGAACUACGACCCUCAACAUUGGGUCCAUCAGUACCGCGGACGGCUCGGCGCUGGUCAAGCUGGGCAACACCACGGUCAUCUGCGGGGUGAAAGCGGAGCUGGCCAACCCCUCCAUGGAGGCGCCCGGCAAAGGCUUCAUCGUGCCCAACGUGGACCUGCCGCCUCUCUGCUCCUCCCAGUUCCGACCGGGUCCGCCGGGCGAGGAGGCCCAGGCCGCCAGUCAGUUCAUGGCCGACGUCAUCGAGAGCUCGGAGAUGCUGCAGACGGAGGAUUUAUGCAUCGAGAGAGGAAAGCUGUGCUGGUGCCUGUACUGUGACAUGGUGUGUCUGGACCACGACGGCAACCUGCUGGACGCCUGCACGCUCGCCCUGCUGGCCGCGCUCAACAACGCUCGACUCCCGGAGGUGGCCGUCGACGCCGAGACGAGCGCGCCGCAGGUGGACCUGGGGAAGAGGCGCCGGCUGAAGGUCGUCAAGCAUCCCGUCGCCGCCUCUUUCUGCGUCUUUGACGAUUCCGUCGUCAUGGCGGACCCCACGGCCGAGGAGGAGCACCUGUGCACCUCCCAGAUCACCGUGGUGACGGACGAAGACGGUCGCCUGUGCGCCCUGCACAAACCAGGCGGCACGUCGCUGUCCGGGGAGAAGCUGCAGGAGUUCAUCAAGCGUGCGGCGGCCCGUCAAAGAGAGAUCCAAGAACUGGUCAGGAACGUGACAAAAAGCCUCACACCCGUUUAGUGUUUUUUUUUAUAUCUAAAAACUGUAUUUUCACUGUCAAUAUAUACUCUUUUUUUUUUGUUUGUUUUUUUAAUAACAAUAAAACUGCUUUAAAAAAAAAAAGGAUUUCUUAUGUUGUCCACAAAGGUCUCACACUCACGGGUCCAAGUCCGGCGGUGGCGGCGUACAAAAGCAGCCAGAGACGGGAGAGGUAGACGGCUGACCCAGGAGCAGUUUCACGUCUUCCCGCCGGCGCCGAAUCCUCCCGGAGCGCCUGCAAGGGACGGGAGAGGAAAAAAAGAAAAAAAAAGCCUCCGGGCUACUAGAACUUUCCGAGUCAAAAAUGUUCUGAACGUCCGGCUCAAAAAAAAAAAAAAUGGGAGCACAGUGUGGAUCAUUCACGUCUUUGCGUCGCCGGCGGCAGCGCGUCGGCCUGGCGAGGCUUGGGGAGGGGCUGCGGCGUGCUCCUCUUCCUCCUACUUCUUGCUGGGUUGGCGGUAUGCGGCCGGCCCGAGCCCGCC